GAUCUCCCGCAGGGGUGUGCCGUAGGACUAGUAGGACCCCCUCCCUCCCUCCAAUUCUGUGCAAUUGACACUCCUCCGUAUAGUCGCAGAGAAUCAACAGCUUCUUUCACACUGAGGACGAGAAUGAUGCCACACAUGUAGAAGAGAGAGCAGAUCACUCGUGCAGCAUGAGAGACUCCUCUCGUGAAAGAGAUGUUCUGAAUGAAAGACAAUCACACCAACAGGAACUGUGCGUAUUUUUUUCACAGGCUGAAUUCGUGCGUGAAUUCGCCACUCUCUUCAAUGUGCGCUGAGAUUUAAUGAGACUUUGCGUCCCGACGGCAAAUAGGCAAAGCGCUAUUCAUGUUGCAAGCCCAAGCUUUAUGACAAUGGAUUAUUCGCUGUUACUAUACAGCCUUUGGGUUCCCGUGAUUCUCGCCGUUGAAGAGACUCUUAUGGACAGCAGGUGGGCUACUACAGAGCUGGCGUGGACCACCUAUCCGGAAAGCGGGUGGGAGGAAGUAAGUGGAUACGAUGACCACUUGAGCCCCAUCAGGACAUACCAGGUGUGUAACGUCCUGGAGCCCAAUCAGAACAACUGGCUGCGGACAGACUUCAUCCCCCGGCGAGGUGUCCUCCGCGUCUACGUGGAGCUCAAGUUCUCUGUGCGAGACUGUGGCAGUAUCCCGAAUAUUCCGGGCUCCUGUAAGGAGACCUUUAAUCUGUUCUACUAUGAAUCCGAUGGAGACACGGCCACAGGAAGCAGCCCGCCUUGGAGGGAGAACCCUUAUGUAAAGGUGGACACCAUAGCCCCUGAUGAAAGCUUUUCAUUGCUGGAAUCCGGUAUCGUCAACACCAAAGUACGGAGCUUCGGUCCUCUUUCCAAAGCUGGUUUCUACCUGGCCUUCCAGGACCUGGGCGCCUGUAUGUCCCUAAUCUCCGCCAGGGUCUUCUUUAAAAAGUGCUCCACCACCAUCGCCAACUUCGCCAUCUUCCCCGAGACGGCCACGGGUGCCGAAGCCACUUCCCUAGUCAUCGCCGCGGGGGCCUGCGUGCCAAACGCCGUAGAGGAAUCGGUACCUCUAAAGUUGUAUUGUAAUGGAGACGGAGAAUGGAUGGUUCCUGUGGGAGCCUGCACCUGCAUGCCGGGCUUUGAGCCGGCCAAAAAAGAUACUCAGUGUCAGGCAUGCACCCCAGGGACGUUUAAAUCCAAACAAGGCGAGGGUUCUUGUAUGCCAUGCCCUCCCAAUAGCCGGGCCAGCUCUAGGGCAUCUAGCGUGUGCCCUUGUCAAAAUGGCUUCUACCGUGCUGACAGUGACUCUCCUGACAACCCCUGCACAACUAUUCCCUCAGCACCUUUAAACGUGAUCUCCAUCGUAAAUGAGACCUCAGUGUCUCUCGAGUGGUCCGAGCCACGAGAUUUGGGCGGGCGAGGUGAUGUCGUUUACAACGUUGUAUGUAAAAAGUGCCUGCAUGAUGGCGGAUCGUGUGCCCGGUGUGACGAUAACGUGGAGGUGUCGCCACGGCGACUGGGUCUGGCAGAGAAACAGGCUGCAGUGAGGAAUCUUCAGGCUCACACCCAUUAUAGCUUCGAGAUUCAGGCUGUCAAUGGCGUGUCCUCCAAGAGUUCAUCCAUCCCUCAAUACGCCACGGUCAAUAUCACCACGAAUCAAGCAGCUCCAUCCGCAGUCCCCACCGUACAUUUAAUGCGGGCCACAGCUGGCACUCUCAGCCUCUCCUGGCUGCCCCCAGAGCGGCCCAACGGCGUGAUCCUGGAUUAUGAGAUCAAGUACCAGGAGAGGGGAGAGUCUUUUUCUCACACCGUCACUGCCCAGCACACCUCUGCCAAGGUUGAGGGUUUAAAGGCUGGUACGGUGUAUGUCGUGCAGGUUCGUGCUCGAACAGUAGCUGGGUAUGGACGCUAUAGCAACCCGGUGGAGAUCAGUACAAGUCUUUAUGAUGACCCUGAGCGGUCAGUACAGGACCUUUUGCCUCUCAUUGUGGGCUCUGCCUCUGCUGGAUUUGUAGUCAUCCUUGCCAUGGUGGUCAUCGCUUUUGUUUGCCUCAGACGGCAGCGUACCGGCUCAGAGCUGGAGUACACGGAGAAACUGCAGCAGUAUGUGUCCCCAGGUGUCAAAGUUUAUAUCGACCCUUUUACAUACGAGGACCCGAACGAGGCAGUUCAUGAAUUUGCCCGUGAGAUCGACAUCUCGUGUGUGAAGAUAGAGGAAGUCAUUGGAGCAGGAGAGUUCGGGGAGGUGUGUCGGGGGAGGUUGAAGCACCCCGGCAGAAAGGAAGCAACUGUGGCCAUCAAGACUCUGAAGGCAGGCUACACCGAGCGUCAAAGGCGGGACUUCCUAAGCGAGGCCAGUAUCAUGGGCCAGUUUGACCAUCCCAAUGUCAUCCACUUGGAAGGAGUUCUGACCAGGAGCUGCCCGGUGCUUAUCGUCACGGAGUUUAUGGAGAACGGAGCUCUCGACUCCUUCCUCAGACUAAAUGACGGCAGGUUCACCGUCACGCAGCUGGUUGGCAUGUUGAGGGGCAUCGCAGCUGGUAUGAAGUAUCUGUCCGACAUGAACUACGUCCAUCGUGACCUGGCUGCCCGCAAUGUUCUCGUCAACAGCAACUUGGUGUGCAAAGUCUCCGAUUUUGGCCUCUCUCGCUUCUUAGACGAUAACUCAUCGGACCCCACCUACACGAGCUCACUGGGGGGAAAGAUCCCAAUCCGCUGGACUGCCCCGGAGGCCAUCGCCUUCAGGAAAUUCACCUCUGCGAGUGAUGUGUGGAGCUAUGGCAUUGUGAUGUGGGAGGUGAUGUCAUUUGGAGAGCGUCCGUAUUGGGACAUGAGCAAUCAAGAUGUUAUGAAUGCAGUGGAGCAGGACUACAGACUGCCUCCUCCCAUGGACUGCCCCGCAGUGCUGCACCAGCUCAUGCUGGAGUGCUGGGUGAAGGAGCGGAACAUGAGGCCACGCUUCGGCCAGAUCGUCAGCACACUUGACAAGCUGCUCCGCAACGCCGCGAGCCUCAAAGUGCUUACCAGCACACACUCAGGGGAUCUCUGUCGAAUCGGCGGGACCCUACCGGGCCACCAAAGGAAGAGCAUAGGAGAUUCACAAGACGUGAAUCAACAAAUGAGCCAAACUCUGCCCAUACGGGUUUGACUGAUUAAAAAUACACCUGCUGAGCCUCUGGGCUAACAACAUAUUCCCGUUUGAAGACUAAACCUUGCUGGGACAUUCCGUAGAAACGAGAAAGCCCAUGGAAAAUUACUGGAGCUGUGAACAGCCAAUGGAAAACCUGGAUACUAUUUGGGACCGCUUUAUCCCACCCCACCCAAGGAACUUGUGGAAAACUAUGGUGUGUCCAACGGAAAACUGAAUUUGCUUGAUAGGCAACCUGUGCAUCAGACACCUGGGGAGAAAUGGGAUAAAACAACACAUGUUAAUUGGAAUUUGUACGAUGGCGCCUCAGGCAAUCGUCUUUGUUCUUUUUCUCUCCCUUUGUCAUGACUUUCCCGUGUUUACACUGAAUUUUCGUUACAUGGAUUAAAUUGAAGACGUUUCUUCUUCUCAGGUUCAGUUUGCAUGUGUGCAUGUGUUUCUCUAAUGGGAAAAAAAAUCUCUCUCUUCCAUAACUCAAAUCCCUUCCAUCCUUUCCUCUUAGCUGUCUUUAUUUACAGAGGCUACAAAUGAUGAGACGGACUAGAGAAUUAUAAGCUAAGCGUAAUAAUGUUUAAAAAAUGUAAGCCGGGAUGUUUGAUGUUGACUUGAGGAUAUUUCGCCACUCCUUUUUCCCCUCAAAGACGCAUUUCUUCUGAUCUCUUCUUCAUAUUGAAGAAAGGACGAAGGGGGGUGUGAAUGGAGACAUGAACGUUUCAAACCAGGCAGGAUGGACUUGAACUGUGGCUAUCAGAAGAAAAGGAAAACAUUUUCAAAGAAUGGAGCGCCUUUCAUGGACGUGUUGACUUUAAAAGGGGGGAUUAUGGUUCAAGAAAGGUGUUUUAUUUACUUCUGUUGUAUUUUGUCUUCCAUGAAACGCUGUUGAGAGACUUUUCCUCAUGGAGGGCAUCAGACUGUGAUUUAAGAACUGUCGUUUCCCCUACCUGUGACGGAGGGGGAAUUGCGCUCGGAGUAUGUUUGUGUGUGUGUACAGUAUGCUCUUGUAUGCUUGAGUGAGUGCUACAGCUUCGCAUGCAUGCCAUAUUCAAAACCCAGACCUAUUCGAGAGGUGCGACAGGUUGACUCAAAAGCUGUUGUUCGAUGAAUAUUCCAAUUAUUUGAAUUCAAUCUGUUCCAAUAUGCAUAACUAUGUAAAUAAAUAUGCUUCAUAAGAGCUAAAGAGUCAACCGGAGGAUUAUAAUGCCUGAUUUACGACACCCACGGCAGCAACAUGAAUCUUUCCAACAUGCAGUACCUUUUUAAGUGGUGUGCCAGUACCUUUGCUGGCUUUAAUAUAGUAAAGCUUUUAUAUCAUGCUAUUUUUAGUGUAUGGCGGUGUAGCUUGACAGCAUGCUACAUUGCUGGUUUAAAUGUCACAUUGUACAUUAGCUCAAUAAUGUACAUUGUAUAAAACCUACUCUUUGUAUAAAAGAUACACUCUCAUAUCGUUGCUGUCCUUCCAAAACCUCACAUGUCCAAAUGGAAAUGGAAAAUAUGACAAUAACUUUUUAAUACUUUUUAUUGGUUAUAUUUGCAAAAGCCAGUGACAAACAAAGCUUUCCUGUAGCUCAGUGGUGGUUAGAGCAUGGCGCUAAUAAUGCCAAGGUCAUGGGUUCGAUCCCAGGGGAUUGCAUAUACUUAGAAACAAAAUGUAUAGGAUAAUGCAAGUCGCUUUGGAUAAAAGCGUCUGCCAAAUGCGUAAAUGUAAACAUAAACGGUGAGUAAUAAUUAUUUAUUGCAAAACAUAAAAAUGACAAAAUAUGGAGAUACAAGGUUUUAAAAAGACAGAAACGAUAUGCAGCAUUGGGAAGUUCCAUUUAAUUUAGUAAAUAUAGACGUUUCAAAGAAACAACAUAAACAAACGUUACUGCACAUGCAUGGUUUUGUGGCCCAAACUUAACUUCCGGUACACAUCUGCAAAGAAUAGAGUCCCUUUAGAUUAUUUCUGACAGGAAACAAAAGAAACUGAGCCUUUCCUGUGGCUCAGUGGUUAGAGCAUGGCGCUAACAAUGCCAAGGUCAUGGGUUCGAUCCCUGGGGAUUGCAUAUAGUCAGAAACACAUGUAUAGUACAAUACAAUGUACAGUGGCUUGCAAAAGUAUUCAUCCCCCUUCAUUUUAUUCACAUUUUGUUAUGCUGCUGCUGCCUUAUCUUAAACUACUUUAAAUGAUUAUUUUUUUACAUUAAUCUACACUCCAUGCACAAUAAUGACAAAACAAAAAACUGAUUUUUGACAGCUUUGCAAAUUUAUUAAAAAUAAAAAACAAAAAUAAGUACAUUGCAUAAGUAUUCAUACCCUCAACUCAGAAAAUGGUUAUAGCGCCUUUACAGACUCAAAUCUUUUUGGGUAUGAUGUGAAAAGCUUUACACAUCUGCAUUUGGCAAUUUUCUGUCAUUCUUCUCCUCAGAUCCUUUCAAACUCUGUCAGGUUGGAUGGAGAUCAUCAGUAGACAGACAUUUUCAGGUUUCUACAGAGAUGUUCAGUUGGGUUCAAGCACUAGCUGGGCCACUCAAGGACAUAGACAGAGUUGUCCAUAAGCCACUCUUGCAUUGUUUUAGUUGUGUGCUUAGGAUCAUUGUCAUGUUGGAGAAUGAACCUUCUGCCCUGUCUGAGGUUCUGAAUGUUCUGGGCUAGGUUUUCAUGAUCAUUAUCUCCGUAUUUUGUGUACAGUCCCUGAAGCUGAAAAACACCCCCACAUCAUGAUGCUGUUUCCACUACACUUUACUGUUAAGACGGUAUUGUACAGGUGUUGAGCAGUGCUUGUUUUUCUCCAGACAUGAUGCAUGAAUCUGAGAUUCAUCAGACCAGAAUAUCUUGUUUCUGACAGUUUGAAAGAUUCGUUGAAGUACGUUUUUGCAUAUUUCAAGUUUCCAUGUGUCUUCACUGAGCAAAGGAUUGAGUCUGGCCAUAAAGCCCAGAUUGGUGGAGUGUUGCAGUGAUGUUUGUCCUUCUGUAAGUUUCUCCCAUCUCCAUAUAUGAUCAUGGAGCUCAACCAGAGUAAUCAUCAGCUUCUUGGUCACCGCUCUAACCAAGACCCUUCUCCAUCGAUGGCUCAGUUUGGACAGGAGGUCAGCUCAAGUAAGAGAUCUGGUGGUUCCAAACCUCUUUCAUUGAGGAUAAAUGGAGGCUACAUGCUUCUGUGAACCUUCAAUACAGCAGAUUUUUUUCAGAAGUCUUCCCCAGAUCUGUGCCUUGAUACAAUCCUGUCUCAAAGCUCUACUGGCAGUUCUUUUGACCUCAUGUCUUGGUUUUUACUUUGAUAUGCAUUUUCAGCUGUUGCACCCUUUAUAGAGAGGUAUGUGCCGCUCCAAAUCAUACUUAUUCAAUUGAAUUUGGCACAGGUUAACUCCACUCGAAGUGUAUAAACAUCAACAAGCAAAACUAAUGCUUCUGAGCUAAGUUUCAAGUGUCCCAGAAAAGGGUAUGAAUACUUAUGCAAUGUACUUGUUUUUGUUUUUUAUUUUUAAUAAAUUUGCAAAGCUGUCAAAAAUCAGUUUUUUGUUUUGUCAUUAUUGUGCAUGGAGUGUAGAUUAAUGUAAAAAAAUAAUCAUUUA